UGUAAAUCACAAAUAUUACAUUCCAAUCAAAUAAUGCAUGAGCUUUAUUGUGUUAACAACAUUAAAAAAUGUAGUAUUUGUGAAUAAAGUUUCGAUAAUAAUGAUGAAGAAGAUCAUUAAAAUUAUCAUUUAUAACAUACAUGUUCUAAGUGUGAAAUUUUUUAAAGUAAAAAUUAUCUUAAUAAUCUUUUCUUUAGAAGAUCUUAAUAAUCAUUAAUGUUUUAAAUGUCAAUACUGUUCAAAAUAUUUUUAAAAAGGGGAAGUUUAAAAUCAUUAAGAAUUAUGUAAGCUAAAAGAAACAAGAUGCUCUUUUUGUGAAAAAAUGAUUUAAAAUAAAUAAUUAGAGUUGCAUUUACCUUAUUGUAAAGAGCAAAAAGAAAAAAGCUAAUAGAGUAAAUAUUAUUGAUAUACAUGAGGCUAAAAAAAUUCUAAAAAUAAUUAGAAAAUAUUUGAAAAUGAGGAAAGAUUAUGUCCAUAUUGUGAUUUAGAUUUGAUGUAUGAUUAUGAGGAUGAGGAUGAACAUUUAAAGAUUUGUGGGAGUAGAACAGAAAUAUGUUCUUUUUGUAACUAAAGGAUUUUAAUAAUGAAUAAACAAAUGCACGAAUUAAAUUGUUUUCAAAGCUAAUUUAAUUAUGUUUAAACUAAAAUAGAAGAAUUAAAUCUUCAAUAAGUAGUUAUUUAACAGAUAUAACCUACAGAUGAAUAAUUAAAAGAGUAUCUAGAUUAAAAUGAUUCAGAUGAUUGA